AUGUUUAAUUUUCCUUGUGACUCUUCAGAGAGGGUGAGACAUAAUCUAUUUAUUUAUUUAAUUAUUUUUUGUUAUUUAUUUAUCGUUUUCUUGUUUGUUGGUCUUUUUUAUUUUUCUGUAAGUAGAAGCAAAGUUAGUGUGGAGGAAAUGAAGCACCGCAAUUUGUUCAAAAACAAUAAUUUGGGUUCACUCAGAGAAUUUAAAAAUGAGGGACCAUUGAAGGGAACAACAGCACGAAAUGCACUGCAAAAAAACAGUAGUUUUGCUGCAUUUGUAGAUAGAAUGCAUGCUAUCAAUCGCGUGUUUCUAGUUAAAAAAAAGCGGGAAUCGGAAGUGGAAACGGUAUCGUGUCCCGAUCCGGUGGAUGAUGAUGCUCGGGAUGAGGCUCGUUCGGCUUAUAUUGAUGCGGAGACGAAGUGGCUUGAUUGCUGUUUGCGAGAGUUUCUUGAAAGAAAAUCUAGGUACGGAUCAAGAAAGCUUUUUUUACUCCGUCUAUUAGGAGUAUUAAUUGUAUUAAUGGGAGUGUUAUGGUAUUUUUGGCCUUUGUGGGAAUGUCUCAUCGAUGUCGAAGCAGAUGCGCAUUUCAGAGUUCUUGCAAUUUCUCCUAGCUCUCAACCAAAUGAGAUAAAACGUGCUUAUCGAGAGGCUGUUAAGCGCUGGCAUCCGGAUCGAAAUCCAAACUGUGAAUCUUGUCGUAUUCAAAUGAUAAAGAUACAACAGGCACACGAUGUUUUGCUGGCUCGAGGGAGUCAACGCUUUAAAUUAGCCGAAAAAUACCGAGAAGAACUUUUACAGCUCCGCUCUUUGGUUUUUUUCCGGUUGUAUGAUAUGGCUUUUUAUGCAGCUCAAGAAUUAUAUUAUUUCCUUCGAGGGAAUGUUAUGAGAAAUAAUGGUGAUGAAAAGGGUUUUUCUUUAUCUCUUCAAGUAGGGUGUCGAAUUUUGACGAUGGGUUUGUUUACAAUGUAUGAGUUUUUAUAUAUUUCUGGUUUUAAUAUUGUGGUGAUUUUUCAAAUGUUUUACUAUUGUGUUUCUGUGACCAGGAUAUCCGUGGCAGAGCGAGAAAUGUCAAGGAUGGUUAAACAUUCCUAUUUUGAUUUUUACAGGGAGGCAGUGAUGUUUGCUGGUAUGCCUUUACUUUUUCAUUUAAGCCAAAGACUCAUGGGCAAAGUUGAAUUUUUUGGGGAGGAUGGACUAGAAUUUUUUUUUCGUAUGUCUUUUGGUAUUCUGUACGUUUUGUCUCACUUAUAUCGGAUGACUCCAAAUAUUUGGGAUAAUGUUUCCGCGAAAAAAUGCUCCAUUCCGCUCAAUUAUCUAAGAUUGCCUGCAAAAUCUAUUUCUUACCAAAGCUUUCUGCUUACCGAAUUGGGAGUAAUAUUGGAUGAUUUGUUUGCGUUUACGUGUAGAGUACCUUCAAUAUAUCGUUUUACGGUUAUUGUUGUACAUGUUAUAUUUUUGUGCGAACUUGCGUGGCUUCCAUCUGACCCUCCAGCGACAGUGAAUUUGGGUCGGCAAUAUGAAAAGAAAAGAUUGAGAAAAAAAACUGAUAUUGAAAAAGGUUUAAACUCAAAUUCUGAGCGCGAAAUGAUGAAAUAUUUUCAGCAUCACUUGUCUCCACAAGAACGCAUUCUAGUUGAAAAUUUGGAUGAUGAGACAAUUACUUGGAUUGACGUUGUAACUACCAAAUAUAAAAAAAGGAUGGAUGCUACUGUAGCGGCUUACAUGCGCCAAAAGCGGGGUUCUAUUAGAUUUGAUUUGGCAUCUACUUUGGAUCUUCAUGAGGUUGUCCUUUUGAGUAUUACGCAAAGUUCCCCUGGUUCAUCCAUAAAAGUGGAUGUACUUUUUCGUGUGAAGGAUGAGGUGUGCAGUCGCCUUUUAGCUUUACAACGAGGCCCUUUGGGUUGUGUUCCACCUGAAACAUCUGAAAGUGAAGACUAUCUUGGAAUUAUUCGGCGUUACGCCAAGAUAACUGGAAAAGAGGGUCUUUACACCCCUUCUGAGAUUUGGGGUUUAAAACUCUCAAAUAAAAAAAUAAAAGAAAACGAUGGUGCAAUGAAUCUGGUCGCCUUCUUGUUUGUUUGCCUUUUGUGUGUGGCAGCGUUUUCUCAUACACCAUCAAUAAAAGAUUAUCUGAGGUAUUCAACGGAUCUUUCUUACUUUCAUCAACCGUUACGUGACAAAUGGCGGGUCUUUGUUCCCUCGGAACACCUUCUUAAACGGAAUGGAGCUGGCCUAAUUACCAUCUUUGGCCAUGUUUUUUGUUUUGUAGAUGUUCUAGACGUCCUCAAGCAUAUGUGA